AUGGACCCACGAGAUAUCAAACCGGUGGAUAUGGACGCCAAGUCCAUCAUCUCUAUGCAAGAACUGGACCCUUCACCGGUGAACGACGAGUCAGUUCCGAACGUUGAGUCCGAGGAAAUAUUGUCUCGACCAGCUGAAGAGAAACCACGCAGAGCAUGUGGUUUCCCCGUGCCCACAUUAGGCCUUCGACCGCAUCGAUGGGAUGCAUUGUUAUCCGGUAUCCAGAAGUACUCCACAUAUCCUCCGACAGUAUUUUUUGUCUUACACUUUGCCAACACCGCUCUUAUCCCGCUCGUGACCCGAUCAGUGCCGGCCAGUGAGCCCUACCUCUUGCUCACGCGACCACUCUACCAGGCUCCCGGGCUGGAGCAUCUCAUCCUUACUCUUCCUAUCGUCGCCCAUAUCGCCUCUGGGAUCGCAUUGCGCAACAUUCGUUCCUCUCGACGCGCAAGGCUAUACGGUGCGGAGACUCGCGCACAACGGGAUCUGCUCUCCUGGUGGCCUCGGAUCUCUCUUCAGGCCCGUUCGGGAUAUCUUCUCACCCCGCUGAUUGGACUUCAUGCCGUGGUGAACCGCAUCACACCACUCAUGGUGGAAGGCAGUAGCUCCGGGGUCGGACUAGGUUAUGUGGCCCAUGGUGUGGCUCGCAGUCCCGUAUUCUGGAAUAUCUUCUACCUGGUAUUUGUCACCGCUAGUGUAUGGCACUUCAUUGGUGGCUGGGCAACCUGGAUGGGCUGGCGAGUCACGACUGCCCGGAAAGAGCACUCUAGUAAGGGCUCGCUGGAGGGCUUGUUGGGCUACCCCGAAAAUCAUCAACGCGCGAACCGACAGCGCAAGAUGUGGUGGAUGGUCAAUGGCAUUGCAGCCGCUGGUGCUGCUCUCUGGCUUGCAGGUGCUCUUGGUAUUGUUGGCCGUGCUGGUGAAGGUGUUGGCUGGGAGGCGCAAGGAUGGAAUGAUAUGUAUAGCCAAGUGCCCGUCAUCGGAGAUUGGUUAUGA